GGGUAUUGGUCUUUGGGAGUUAUGAGGGCUGGCUCUGCAUGAUUCUCAUUUUUUGCUUGUAUUAUGCAUGCUUUUGUUCUGCAUGAUUCUCAUUUUUCAAAGCCUAAUUUCAACAACGAAAUUUCCCGGGGCUGAGGGCUCCUCAUCUUACGCGAAGACACCUCAUCUCCCUCGAAACCAAAAUUCCACAAACACAAUUAGUGGUCCUUCCUCGCAAGAAAAAGCAACAAAAGCAGUGCCGUUUACGCAAAGCAAACGUCGCUAAGAUCCCUAACCCUUAUCCAAGUUUCCUUCCUCAAUUCUAAUAGAUUUGUAGCUUUUACAUUCUAUGGAUAGAAAGUUUAACGACACUUUAAAUCUUAUCUUACUUUAGAAGCAGUCUUUUUAGUUCGCCUAUCCUGACCGUAUUCUUUCAUAUUUAUACAACGUUGACUAUCCAAAAGUUUCGGUCAUAUAGCUUUAUCUUUUCACAGAUCUUUACGUUUGCCCAUAAUUUCGCUUUGCCGUUAUAUUUAGCCAAUGCUUCAGUAUAUUUCUUGUGGGGAAUAUAUCUGCUUCUUCUGGAUUUUCUUGGUUUACUGAAUGAAAAUUUUAGAUUGCCAAAGAAAAUCGUUUUUUGGUUUAAAGUCUUCUUAGAGGCUUUUUGGGUUUCUGGGUUUUGUUUUGAUUCAUUUGGGAAGGGAAAACCGAGCUGAUUCUUUGAUUCUUGUGCUGGUGAUGAGAUUUAGAGCUUUGGAUUUCCUUUGACUCGUUUCUUUUAGAUAUUAAGAGAAUUGUUUUAUUGUUGGUAAUUAGAGUUGUGGGGUUUUCUUUGACUUGUUUUGUAGAUGCUCAGAAAUUUGUUGGAAUUCAGGAGCAUGAGUUUGGAAACUAUCGCUUUUAUCCGUUUCCUGCGAUAUACUAUGUUCAAAUAGAAUUGCCUUUAUUUUUUUUUUCAAUUGCGAUAGUUCAUUAUGCUGGUUUUCUAUAGAUUUCAAGAAAAGCUGUUGUCUUUUUCCUUUUCCAUUCAAUGUUAAAGUGUGUGUAUAUAUAUAUAUAUAUAUAAUGGUGGGAGGUGAAAUUAGGCUUAUAGGACCAGUUUCUCAUUGAUCUUUAUUAAUGUCGAAUUCAAGUCCUGAACAAUCCAUCAGGUUCACUUUCUCUUUUUCUUUGUUCUUUGGUGCAAAACAAAGCCGAUACAGUCUUGUAUUCAUCUUUCUCAUCUUAUUUCUUCAUUCCUUUUGUGAAAAUUUCUCGUUCCGCUAACCACCUAUAUCAUCCUAGAUCAACAUUCUCUGUUUCCUUAUGUGUUGUCCGCUCUGCAGCCUAAGUCAUCCUAGUUCUUGGCUGUUAACAAAUUAAACCAUUCCAACACAAGUUCUCAUUGUAAACUAGCUAUGGAUAUAACUAAUGAGGCCAGUGUUGAUUCAUUUUCGAUCGGUCCUUCAACAAUCAUUGGUCGGGCAAUUGCUUUUAGGAUCCUGUUCUGUAAGUCAAUGUCACAUUUCAGGCAUCAAAUCUUUCAUGUAUUGUUGCAUUUUAUCUAUAGAUGUAAGGGCUUCUUUGCACCCUUGAUAUCAUGGUUGCAUCCCCGAAAUCCACAAGGGAUAUUGGCGUUGGUGACAGUUAUUGCUCUUUUUUGGAAACGUAACGCAGAUGUAAAAUUGAGGGCUGAAAUGGCUUACAGAAUGAAAUUUUGGAGAAAUAUGAUGAGAAAUGCAUUGACAUAUGAAGAGUGGGCUCAUGCUGCUAAGAUGAUUGAUAAAGAGACCCCAAAGAUGAGUGAAUCGGAUCAUUACGAUGAGGAGCUUGUGAGAAACAAGCUUCAGGAGCUCCGACUCCGUCGCCAAGAUGGAUCUCUUAGAGAUAUAAUCUUUUGCAUGAGAGCUGAUCUUAUCAGAAAUCUUGGUAAUAUGUGUAAUCCUGAGCUUCAUAAAGGUAGGCUUCACGUGCCUAAACUCAUCCAGGAAUACAUUGAUGAGGUCUCGACUCAGUUGAGAAUGGUUUGUGACUCUGAUUCAGAGGAGCUCUCCUUGGACGAGAAGCUUGCUUUUAUGCAUGAAACAAGGCAUGCAUUUGGUAGAACUGCUUUGCUUUUAAGUGGGGGUGCUUCCCUUGGCGCAUUUCAUCUUGGUGUAGUUAAAACACUAGUAGAACAUAAGCUUUUACCCAGGAUAAUUGCUGGUUCUAGCGUUGGAUCCAUUAUGUGUGCUAUUGUUGGCACUAGAACAUGGCCCCAGCUGCAAAGUUUCUUUGAGGACACUUGGCGCUCAAUGAAGUUUUAUGAUCAGCUGGGUGGAAUUUUUUCAGUUGUUAGGAGGGUCAUGAGACAAGGGGCUGUUCAUGAUAUCAGAUACAUGCAAUGGAUGUUAAGACAGCUCACAAGUAAUCUUACAUUUCAAGAAGCUUAUGAUAUGACCGGUAGAAUUCUUGGGAUAACAGUUUGCUCUCCAAGGAAGCAUGAGCCACCUAGGUGCCUUAAUUAUUUGACUUCGCCUCAUGUUGUCAUAUGGAGUGCAGUAAGCGCUUCUUGUGCCUUUCCUGGCCUUUUUGAGGCCCAGGAGCUAAUGGCAAAAGACAGGAGUGGAGAAAUUGUUCCUUACCAUCCACCCUUUAAUUUGGAUCCUGAGGAGGGUUCUGGUACAUCUGCACGUCGAUGGAGGGAUGGCAGCUUGGAGGUUGAUUUACCUAUGAUGCAACUGAAGGAGCUGUUUAAUGUCAAUCAUUUUAUUGUGAGUCAGGCGAACCCUCACAUCGUACCAUGGUUGAGGUUGAAGGAGUUUGUGAGAGCCUUUGGUGGUAACUUCGCUGCAAAGCUUGCUGGCCUAAUUGAGAUGGAGGUAAAACAUAGAUUUAGUCAGAUACUGGAACUGGGCUUUCCUCUGGGGGGCGUUUCCAAGGUUAUGACUCAAGAUUGGGAGGGUGAUGUUACUGUUUUUAUGCCAGCCACACUUACUCAGUACUUGAAAAUUCUUGAAAACCCAUCUCUUUUGGGGCUUCAAAAGGCGUCCAACCAAGGGAGAAGAUGCACUUGGGAGAAGCUUUCAGCUAUCAAAGCAAACUGUGGUAUUGAGCUUGCCCUUGAUGAGUGUGUUGCAAAUCUUAAUCAUAUGCGUAGACUUAAACGGUGUGCAGACAGAGCUGGUGCUGCUUCUGCUUCUGCUUCAUCUCAUGUUCUAUACAGCACAGCCAGAUUCAAUGCAUCAAGAAGAAUUCCUUCUUGGAAUUGCAUUGCACGAGAAAACUCAACAGGCUCCCUUGAAGAAGAUCUUACAGAUGUUACUUCAUCAUUGCAUCAAGGGGUUGGUGGUUCCACAGGAAUACCUCCCUCUGCUAGGAAUUUGCGAGCCCAUCGCAGUACACAUGAUGGAAGUGAUAGUGAGUCUGAAAGUGUAGACUUACAUUCUUGGACAAGAUCUGGUGGGCCAUUGAUGAGGACUACUUCUGCAAAUUUGUUCAUUGAUUUUGUCCAAAAUCUAGACGCUGAUGGUAAAGUUAACAAAGGUCUGAUGGCUCAUCCAAAUUCUCCUGGAUUUCAGAUGGGAGGUGGGGAUCCUUUUGGUCACAGCUCUAGUAUGACAACAGCAGAUGGAGGCUCGGAAUAUGAGUUUGAUCAGAGGGAUGUGGGGAACAGAACACCAGUUACUGGUUCUAGCAUUAUGGUUGCUGAAGGUGAUCUCCUGCAGCCUGAAAUGAUCCCUAAUGGGCUUGUGCUCAACGUUGUAAGGAAAGAAGACUUGGCACUGUCACGUAAAAGCCAUGGUUCAGGAAAUUACAGCCCUGAAAUAGCUGAAUCCCUGCAGCUUGAUUGUCCAGAUAAGGAAAUGGAUGCUAGCUCGGCAUCUGAAUAUGGCGAUGAUGAUGUCAGUGCUGUAAACUGCCUGAAUGAAACAGUUCCUAUUGCUAAUGCCGCUGACCACUCUAGUGUCCAUGAUGGUGAUAAUCAGGGUGUUGUGGAUGGUUAAUUUUAAGAUUAAUGUUGCUUCUAUCAUUCUAUACUUUCCAAGUUGACAGAGUUCUUUAUGAGGUAACAGAUUGGCCGCGUUGAAUAAGCUGAAGUUUUGCUAAUGUGGGCAGGGUAUGCCCAAAAAAACGGAAAGAAGGACAGGAGGGACAGAAAGAGAAAUAAAGGAGAGCAGAGGGGAGAAGAAAGAAAAAAAAGAAAAAAAAAUAUUGUUUUUUACUUUUAAAAAAGUAUAAUUAUAUUUUUUAUGAAAAAUAACGGGUAAUAUCUAUGUCUCCACCACGUGGAUGUUAUGUGUACAAAUCAUCAAUUAUUAUUGGCUAAUUUGCCAUGAUAAAUAACAGUGUGAAUGCUUAAUUGGUUAGUAACCAAUUCAUCGUCUA